UGUGAACGCGCCCCCUGCCCGUAGAAGGUGAGUGGAUGUCUGGAGGAGAGGACUCGAGAACGCGACCGCCGGGAUCGAUCGGAUUAAACUCGAAUUGAGUGAAAUUAACACAAAGGAGAAAGACAGAGUCGGCGAGGACGAGAUACCUACACGCCGAACAAUAUAUUACAACUUGAAUUUCUUUAUUUAUACACGGACCACGAAGGAUUUUACUGGAGAUAUUAACGGGAGUUAAUUUGAGAAAGCCCGAACUGACCAAGCUUGUUGGGACUCGUCACCUGCCUGCUCCUGACACUGCGUUCUCGCUCUCAGAGAGAAUUAGGGAAAUAUGGAGUGACAUGCUGCAGAUCAGCUAGCGGCUUAGCAGCUUUGAGGACAUCCACCUCCCGAGCGAGCAGAUCCCCCCCGGCAGCCAGGCAGGCAGCAUGGCUGACCCAGGGAUGAUGAGCCUGUUUGGGGACGACGCCAGCCUCUUCUCGGACGGGCUGGAGGGCCUGGGAGACUGUGGCUUCCCCCAGGGUGCCCAGGCCAACGCCAUGGGCCAACAGAUGCCCCUGGAGCACCAGGGCUACGGCUCCCUCUCCUCCUCCUCCCUCCUCCUCCCCUCCCAGCCGGGCCAGGCCAGCGGACCAGGACCAGGACCCGGCCCGGGACAGCCCAAGAUGGGGCUCCCCUAUGACCCCUUCUCCCCCUACGAGCAGCAAGGAGGACAACAACAACAGCAGCAGCAACAACAACAGCAACAACAACAACAGCAACAACAGCAGCAGCGCAUGAUGGCUAACGGCCCCGCCCUCAACGGCCUCGCCGCAGCCCAGUCCCGUUACCACGGCAACGCGGCGGUCCCCCACGGCAACGCGGGCCAGGGCCUCCAGCAGCACCAGGUGUACCCGGGGGCGCACGCCGACGGGCGCCAGCAGGCCUUCCCCGACGCGGGCGCCGUGUGGGGGCCCCCCCCCCGGGCCGUCCAGGUGCCUGAGCAGGGCCGGCCCCCCUUCCAGCAGCAGCAGCAGCAAGGCGGGGCCAGCCAGCAAGGCCACGCCCACCAGAUGGGGGGCUACAUGGGGCGGAGCGACUACGGGGGCAUGCAGGGUCACGGCCAGACCCAGACCCCCCCCAGGGUCAACCACUUCCCCCAGCAGGCCAUGGCCCAGGAGCCCAGCCACUACAUGGGCCACGUGGGCAUGCCUGGCCCCCCCAUGCGGGCCCCCAUGGCCCAGCAGCAGUUCCUCCACCGCCAGGGCCUUCAGGACCCCCUGACCCAGCCCCGCUACCCCCAAAGCCCGUCUCGCCAGCCCCCCCAGCAGCAGCAGGUGCUGGCCGGACGGCCCCCCCACCAGAACAUGGGCUUCGGUCUCCACGGCCAAUCCCAGCCCCAGCAGGUGCCCCCCAGUGCGGUGGGAGGCUCCGCCCAGUACCCCCCAGGCCCCGCCCACUACCCGCCCCAGUACGCCAACAUCAAUCAGGGAUUAGGAGGCAGCCCGGGCAUGGGUCCGGGCAUGGGCCUUACCGCCACCAGCAACCCCCCCAACAGCAGUACCAGUGGGGCCAUGGGCCAGGCCCAGCGCUACCCCCCCAACGCGGGGCCCGGGGCUGCUGGGCCACCUCAGAGGUACCCUGGCCCCCCCCAGGUCCACCAGCAGUCGGUCCACCCCCACCCCGGCCAGAUGACGGGUCAGCCUAUGCACCCCCCCACCCAGCCCCAGGCCGGCCCCCAGCACCUGCCCCCCCCACCUCAAGGAUCCUACAGCCCCUCCAUGUCGCCCAUGAGGGGGAUGGUCAACCCUGCCGGCACCCCUCCUCCCCAGCAGGUUCGGCCCCCCAGCGCCGGCCUGGUCCCCGAUGUAGUGGGCUACCCCGGGGUCCCCAUCCAGGCCCCCAACACCAUGGUACCCCCUCAGAGGACCCCCACCCCCUCGGGUGGGCCCCAGCCUCACCCCCAGCUCCACCCCCAGCACCCCGGCCACCCCCACCAGAUCAUGGGAUUGCGUACGGGAAAGAAGAAGCUGGAGUCUGGAGAGGAGGUGGAGGUGGAGGAAUUCUACGUCAAGUUCAAAAGCUUCUCGUACCUGCACUGUCGCUGGGCAGACCAGGAGGAGCUGGAGAAGGACAAGCGGAUUCACCAGAAGAUCAAGAGGUUCAAGGCCAAGCAGGCUCUCAACAGCUUCGUGACUGAGAUGGAUGACGAGCCCUUCAAUCCAGAUUAUGUGGAGGUUGACAGGGUGUUGGACAUGUCCGAGAGCACAGACGAGAAUGGAGAGACGGUGUGCCUGUACCUGGUGAAGUGGUGUUCCCUGCCCUACGAGGACAGCACCUGGGAGCUGAAGGCCGACAUCGACCAGACCAAGAUAGACGAGUACGAGCGCGUCAUCUCUCGCCAGCCGCAGACCAAACGUGUGGAGCGUCCCUCCCCAGGAGACUGGCACAAGUCAGAGAGCUCCAGGGAUUACAAGAACGGGAACGCUCUCAGGGAAUACCAGCUGGAGGGAGUCAACUGGCUGCUCUUCAACUGGCACAACAAGCGAAACUGCAUCCUGGCGGACGAGAUGGGUCUGGGGAAGACCAUCCAGUCCAUCACCUUCCUGUACGAGAUCUUCCUGAAGAACAUCGAGGGGCCCUACCUGGUGAUCGCCCCCCUCUCCACCAUCCCCAACUGGGAGAGGGAGUUCCGCACCUGGACCGAGCUGAACGCUGUGGUAUACCACGGUAGCCAGGCCAGCCGUAGGACCAUCCAGGCCUACGAGAUGUACUUCAGAGACGCACAGGGCAAGGUGAUAAAGGGAGCGUACAAGUUCAACGCCAUCAUCACCACGUUUGAGAUGAUCCUGACAGACUGCCCGGAGCUGCGUAGUGUCCCCUGGCGCUGUGUGAUCAUCGACGAGGCGCACCGCCUCAAGAACAGGAACUGCAAGCUGCUGGAAGGGCUCAAGAUGAUGGACAUGGAACACAAGGUUCUCCUGACAGGAACCCCCCUGCAGAACACGGUGGAGGAACUCUUCAGCCUGCUCAACUUCCUGGAGCCGGAGCGCUUCCCCUCAGAGAACACCUUCAUGGAGGAGUUCGGAGACCUCAAGACCGAGGAACAGGUCCAGAAGCUGCAGGCCAUCCUGAAGCCCAUGAUGCUGCGCCGUCUGAAGGAGGACGUGGAGAAGAACCUGGCUCCCAAGGAGGAGACCAUCAUAGAGGUGGAGCUCACCAACAUCCAGAAGAAGUACUACCGGGCCAUCCUGGAGAAGAACUUCUCCUUCCUGACCAAGGGAGGCGUGGGGGGGCCAGGGAGUGGGGGUGGGGGCGGGGGGGCCAACGUGCCCAACCUGCUGAACACCAUGAUGGAGCUGAGGAAGUGCUGUAACCACCCCUACCUCAUCAACGGUGCCGAGGAGAAGAUCUUGGAGGAGUUCCGGGAGGUCCACCAUGCGGAGAUGCCCGAGUUCCACCUCCAGGCCAUGAUCCAGGCCGCCGGCAAGCUGGUGCUGAUCGACAAGCUGCUGCCCCGGCUGAAGGCUGGAGGACACAGGGUCCUGGUGUUCUCCCAGAUGGUCCGCUGCCUGGACAUCCUGGAGGAUUACCUCAUCCAGAGACGGUACCCCUAUGAGCGCAUCGACGGGCGUGUCCGUGGAAACCUCCGCCAGGCCGCCAUCGACCGGUUCUCGCGGCCGGACUCGGAUCGCUUCGUCUUCCUGCUGUGCACGCGUGCCGGCGGGCUGGGCAUCAACCUCACCGCCGCCGACACCUGCAUCAUCUUCGACUCUGACUGGAACCCCCAGAACGACCUGCAGGCCCAGGCGCGUUGCCACCGUAUCGGGCAGAGCAAGGCGGUGAAGAUCUACCGCCUGAUCACCAGGAACUCGUACGAGAGGGAGAUGUUCGACAAGGCCAGCCUGAAGCUGGGCCUGGACAAGGCUGUGCUGCAGAGCAUGAGUGGAAGGGACAACGCAGCCAACGGGGUGCAGCAGCUGUCUAAGAAGGAGGUGGAGGACCUGCUGAGGAAGGGAGCGUACGGAGCUCUGAUGGACGAGGAGGACGAAGGCUCCAAGUUCUGUGAGGAAGACAUCGACCAGAUCCUGCAGAGACGCACCCAGACCAUCACCAUCGAGUCUGAGGGCAAGGGCUCCACCUUCGCCAAGGCGAGUUUCGUUUCCGCUGGAAACAGGACGGACAUCUCACUGGAGGAUCCGGACUUCUGGCAGAAAUGGGCCAAGAAGGCGGAGCUUGACCUCACCGUCAUCAAUGGAAGGAACACCCUGGUGAUCGACACGCCGCGCGUGCGCAAGCAGACGCGGCACUUCAGCGCGGCCAAGGAGGACGAGAUGCUGGAGUUCUCGGAGCUGGAGAGCGACUCGGAGGAGAAGCCCAUCCCUAAGCCCCGGAGGAGCCAGGACCGCACGCAGGGGUACCCCCGCAGCGAGUGCUUCAGGGUGGAGAAGAACCUGCUGGUCUAUGGGUGGGGUCGUUGGGGUGACAUCUUGUCUCACGGGCGUUUCAAGCGUCCCCUCCGUGAGCAGGACGUGGAGACCAUCUGCCGCGCCCUGCUGGCCUACUGCCUGCUGCAUUACCGUGGCGACGAGAACAUCAAGAGCUUCAUCUGGGACCUGAUCACCCCGUCAGAGGAUGGACAGAGCCGCACACUGGCCAACCACUCUGGACUGUCCACCCCUGUCCCUCGGGGCCGUAAGGGGAAGAAGGGCAAGCCUGCGCUGGUCCCCACCCCACAGCUUCCCAGGGCAGAGUGGCUGGCAUCCUGCAACCCUGACCUACUGCUCCAGGAGGACAGCUACAAGAGACACCUCAAACACCACUGUAACAAAGUGCUGCUGAGGGUCCGUAUGCUCUACUAUCUGAGACAGGAAGUCAUCGGUGACCAGGCCGACAGGAUCCUGGAGGGAACAGACUCAAGUGAGCUGGAUAUUUGGAUCCCUCAGCCCUUCCAUGCCGAGGUCCCUGCUGAUUGGUGGGACAGCGAAGCUGACAAAUCACUGCUCAUCGGCGUUUUCAAACACGGCUAUGAGAAGUAUAACUCGAUGCGAGCAGACCCAGCGUUGUGUUUCCUGGAGAGGGUAGGCAUGCCUGAUGCCAAGGCCAUCGCAGCCGAGCAGAGGGGGGCGGACAUGAUGGCAGAUGGCGUGGAGGGGGAGGAUGAGGAUCCAGAGUACAAGCCUCUGAGGAUGCCCUUCAAGGAUGAGCUGGACGACUUCACCAACUCUCCCCUGGAUGACAAGGAUGAGUCCAUGGAUGUGGACCCUGAAGCUAAGCCAGGAGAGAAUGGUCGAGGUGCAGGGGGUCGUCUCUACUGGCCGGCGGCGUCUGCUCUCACCGCUCGCCUGCGGCGCCUCAUCACGGCCUACCAGCGCACCAACCGCCGCGAGCAGCAGCGCCAGGAGGCCAUGACCCGCCCCGACGGUCGGCGCCGCCGCCGGCCCCGGGAUCAGCUCCUCGCCAUGGUAACCGACGUGGGCGGGACCCCGGGAUUCCUGCCGGAGGUCGGAGCCUUCCUGGCCGAAGGAAACCCUUUCAUGGCCAAAGGAGGGGCGUUUAUUCCCGAGGCUACCGCCCUAUUGGCCGACGGGGGAGCCUAUUACAAAGAGAGGAGACAGAGAUGGACCAGGCGUGAGGAAGCAGACUUCUACCGUGUGGUCUCCACCUUCGGCGUGGUCUACGACACAGCCCGCCAGCGCUUUGACUGGGCCCAGUUCAGGGCCUUCGCCCGACUGGACAAGAAGACCGACGAGAGUCUGGAGAAGUACUACUAUUCCUUUGUGGCCAUGUGCAAACGGGUUUGCCGCAUGCAGCUCAAGGCCGACAAUGCUGAGCUCCCAGACCCCACCCUGAUCAUCGACCCAAUCACGGAGGAGCGCGCCUCGCGCACUCUCUACCGCAUCGAGCUGCUUCGGCGAAUCAGAGAGCAGGUGUUGCCCAACCCCCUCCUCAAGGAGAGGCUCCGUCUCUGCCAGCCCAGCUCCGACCUCCCCGAUUGGUGGGAGUGCGGCCGCCACGACCGAGACCUCCUUUUGGGCGCCUCCAAGCACGGCGUGAGCCGUACAGACUACCACAUCCUGAACGACCCCGCCCUGGGCUUCCUGGAGGCCCACCGCAGGUUCACCCAGAAGGGGGCCGGCGUCCGUGACGGAGUCGCUCUGCCCUCCGACCUGGCCGCCGCACCGCCUGCCGUUCCUCCUGAGACGUCGGGCGUGGAGGAGGAGGAGCAGGAGGAGAAGCUGAAGGAGGAGGAGGUGGUGGUGAAGGAGGAGCAAGAAGAAGGGAAGGGAGUGAAAACGGAAGAGGAGGAGGAAGGGAAGGAGGAGAAGGAGAAGGAAGAGACAAAAGAGGUGAAGGAGGAGGGAGACGAAGAUGACAUUCCAUGUUCUAAAACGGAGAAGGCUGAAACCGAAGAGGAAGGAGGGAAGAUGGAGGAGGAGGAGGAGGAGGGAAAAACUGCGUCUCCCAAGAAGGAAGUGAAGAGCAAGGCGGGGGAGGAGGAGAAGGACACCAAGGACGAGGAGACGACCGUCGAGAAGAUGGAAGUGAAGCCUGAGGGCGAGGUGUCUCCUGUGGAGGACAGCAGGGGCCAGGACAGGAAGCCCGACCUCCAGGAGGACUCCAAGGAAACCUCGUCAUCUCCCAAAGCCCCUCCCACUCCUGCUGGAGAGGAGGAGGACGAGGAGGAGGGAGAGAAGAAGAACGAGGAGGAGGAGGAGGACCAGGAGCUGGCUCACCAGGAGCCUCCCAAGGCCGAGACGGAGAAGGCUUCUGAGGAAGAGGAGGAGGAGAAGAUGGACGAAGACGAUAAGUCUGAGAAGUCUUCACAGGCUGAUGCCGGUGGUUCCUCAGAGCAGAAGAACUUUGACGAGGAGAGUAACGCCUCUCUGAGCACCGCCAGAGACGAGACGCGAGACGGGUUCCCCGCGGAGGACGGAGAACCCUCCGCCAUCCAGGUUCUCCAGGACAGAACCUUCUCCUUCUCCUUCUGGCCCAAGGACAGGAUCAUGAUCAACCGCAUGGACAACAUCUGCGAGGCCAUCAUCAAGGGCAAGUGGCCCAUCAACCGACGCCAGUUCUUCGACUUCCCGGGAAUGUUGCCGGGAUACGGGCCGUCGACGGCAAUGGCGAUGGCGGAGAGGAGCCCGCUGCAGAGGCGGAGCCUGGCAGAGCUCUCCAUGGCAACGGGACAGACCAGCUUCAGUGGCAGCGAAGACCUCACGCUGUCGCCCCAGGUCAACGAGGACGCUCUGAGCAUGUCGGUGCCUCGCCAGCGGCGCCGCCGGCGGAGGAAGGUGGAGAUCGAGGCGGAGCGCGCGGCCAAGAGGAGGAACCUGAUGGAGAUGGUGGCCCAGCUGAGGGAGUCCCACGCAGCUGAGACCCAGAACCAUCAGAACCACGCCAUGGACCUCACCAAGGGCAUCCACCACCACCACCAAAAGGCCUCCUCCUCUAUGGGCAGCUUCUCCAGCGGCAUGGUAACUGGCUCCGCCCUCAAAGCCCACAUGGAGCUCCUGCAGGCGGCCACACCCUCUCGCCACAGGGCCAACGGCUCAUUGGCUGAGCCGGACCUGCCCACCAGGAGGAGGCGGGGCCGCAGGAAAAAUGUGGAAGGGCUGGAGCUGCUGUUCAUGGGAAAUAAGACGGGCGGAGCCAUCAACAUGGAGGACUCUGAGAGCAGCAAGGCUCCGGUGGAGGGCGUGCAGAUGCCCUCCUGUGCCCCCAGAUCCCUGGCCGGUCCUGGGCAGAGCCCCAGCACUCGCCUGGCCUCUUCUGCCCUGGAAGAGCCCUCAGACUCUGCCCCAUCCAGCAAGGAGCUCAGGGAUUGGCUACAACAGCACCCCACAUACACCAUGGAUAUGGCUGGAUAUACACCAAAGAGCGAGGAUCUGCUGCUGUCUCAGUUCCCCAAGCCCAAGCAGAAGCGGCAUCGCUGCAGGAACCCCAACAAGAUCGACAUCAACACCCUCACAGGAGAGGAGAGGGUGCCUGUGGUCAACCGCAGGAACGGGCGCAAGAUGGGCGGGGCCAUGGCUCCACCAAUGAAGGACCUUCCUAGAUGGCUAUUGGAGAACCCCGAGUUUGCCAUCGCUCCUGAUUGGACGGAUAUCGUCAAACAAUCUGGUUUCCUCCCGGAGGCCAUGUUCGACCGCCUGCUCACCGGGCCCGUGGUCCGCGAGGAGGGCGUCCGUCGCCGGGGACGACGCCCCAAGUCGGAGAUCGCCAAGGCGGCGGCCCAAGCUCAGGCCCAGGCGGCGGCGGCGGCGUCCUCGGGGGUCAACCCCCUGCUGAUGAACGGGCUGUUCGGGGGCAUGGACCUCAGCAGCCUGCAGUCGCUGCAGAGCCUUCAGCUCGCCGCCGGCCUCAUGGGCUUCCCCCCCGGUCUCACAGGGGGGGACGGCAAGCACACCUCCGCCAUGCUGCCCCUCAUGCUGCCCGGCAUGGGCGGCCUGCCCAACAUGUUCGGCCUGGGGGGGUUGUUCGGCAACAACCUGGCGGCUGCGGCCGCCGCUGCCGCCGCAACCUCCAGCCCCGCUCCCGCCGCCAACGGGAGCGCGGAGGACGGGGAGUCGGACGAGACCUCCAAGCCCAAGCGGGAGGAGAGGGCGGCGGGGGAGGAGCGAGGGGACGUGGAGAAGAGAGGAGAGAAGAAGAAGAGGAGGAAGAAGAGGGAAGGGGGGAGGGGAGGGGAGGGAGAGAAGGCGGGCGAGGCUGAGGCCGAGGCCAACGGAGACGCAGCGGCUCUUGCGGCCGCCGGCAUGUCGGCAAACUCCCUGGCCUUCAACCCCUUCCUGCUGUCCACCAUGGCCCCCGGUCUCUUCUACCCCUCCAUGUUCCUGCCCCCAGGCCUGGGCGGCCUCUCCCUGCCCGGCUUCCCCCCCACCUCGCUGGCCGACCUCCAGACCGCCAUGGCCGGGGCCCUUGGAGCCGCGGUGGCAGCUGGCGGAGGAGGAGCAGCAGCAGUAGGAGGGGGCGGGGCCGCACCGGACAAGGAGGAGGAGCCUGCCGCUGGCCCCGCCCCCGGCCCUGCCCCCAACGCGGAGGCGUCGGAGAACACGGUUGAUGACAGCGACUCGAGCGAGAGCCAGGAGAAGGCGGCUGAGUCCUCGGCCCUGGAGGAGGAGGGGCCGGGUCGCGCAGAGGAGGCCGACUCGCCCAUGGAGAGCAGCCGGGCGGGCGAGGAAGACGAGGAGGAGGAGGAGGAGGAGGAGGAGAAGAGUGAAUGAAUGACUGAAACUGGCCUUCUACAUUUCUCCCAACCUGCCCGCCUCCCCCCCUCCCCCAUUUACCUUUCUCUUCUCUGGACCGCUCACGUUUACACACCAACUUGAUAUCCAAACAUUAUUAUAUAUGAAUUUUUGUUUUUCUUUCUGUUAAUUGUUUCGACUGGUAAAUAUGAAUCGGAGAGAGCGUGUAAGUUUUUUUUUAAGAGCUCUCUCUGCCAAUUUAGCGUAGUCAGGGAAAGCGCUCUGAAGUAGAGUUUUGCAGAUGUCAGAAAGGAGCGAUUUCUGAUCUCUGAGCACUGUGCAGUGCAUCGUAGACGAGAUGGAAAACCUCCUGAAAUAUUAUAGGAAUGAAAUGAAAUGGUUCCAAUAGUGCUAUGCUGCUUUUCGGUUUUCUUUUUUUCUUUUUUAUUGUUUUGUUCCUUUUCUCUCUCCCUCCCUCCAUCUCUCUCCUUCCCUCUCUCUCUCUCUCUCUACAGUUGAUAUUGUGACAGUAAGUAGCAUCUCGUUAACUUUCAGUGGCAUUAAACGUCUACUUGCUGCUGAAAAGGAUCCUGGGUAAUUUUAUGUUGCUGUUGUACUGUUCAGCCUUGAGGAGCAGGUUUGAAGUUCUCACACAUAUCAGAUGGCCUCAUUCUUGACUGCACCCCAGUCGGACACACUGAACACACACACAAAUCGUUCUUUCACAGACACACUAACUAUCCAUUGUAGGUUUCACUCCUUCUCUACCCUUGUAACUAACUUUGUCUUCUCCCCCAUAUUAUACGUGGUAGGAAGCACACUAACUCUUUCACGGUAGUGGGCUCCUUCGGCCAGUACUCUUGACUGUUUCUCAGUGCUUGGUCUGCCAACUGUCUGGUCCCGGUCGCAGGCCUAGCAUCUGUGCUCACUCAUAGUCAGUCUCUGGUCUCAGUCGUAGGCUAGCUAGGCUAACUAGCGCCCGCACUGUUGGAUCUGUCAUAGGCUAACUAGCGCCAGUUAUUUCUGGCUUCUGUCAUAGGCUAACUAGCACCAGUUCUGUCUGGUCUCUUGUCAUAGGCUAGCUAGCUUAACUAGCACCAGUUCUGUCUGGUCUCUUGUCAUAGGCUAACUAGCGCCAGUCGCUGGUCGCUGUCAUAGGCUAACUAGCGCCGGUCCUGUCUGGGUUAUUCACAGGCUAACUAGCCACAGUCGUGUCCGUCUGGCUGGUUGUCUGUUACCCCUGUCCUAUAUCCAUUUGUCCAGUCCCACACUGGUAUAUCCCUGCCUCUCCUGACUGUUAAGUAGUCUGACACACUGACGAAGCAAGCCGAGCAGGGGAGCAAGAGAGCUAGCCGGCCCUCUGCACACCCACACAGCAGCAAUAACCAAGGCAGCUUUUGAAUGUUCAACUGUUCUCCAACCGACCGACCGACCAACCACACCCACACAUCUACACUUACGAGUAACCACAAGUGUCAUAUAAACGAAAACCAACUGUAAACUGUACAAACAAAAAAUAAUGUGGAAAUAAGAACUGCAAUCAAUUUUUGUCUCACACUCUGUUCAUGUUGAUGCACUGGUCUAAGAGCUAAAAUAAUCAGGUACCUUUAUUAUAUCUAUUGAAUGGACUUUUUGUUACUUUUAGCCACCAAGCUGACGAGUAUUACCUCAAUUCUAACUAGCCUUGAAGUUUACAGACAUACGUUGUAAAUGUUUUUUUUUUCUUUUGUGUGUCUUUGUUUUUUGUUUUUUUGAAACAUCAUGGAUGAUGAACUGUAGUUAUGAUGCUUUUAAUAAAAGUGAAUCAUUGAUAUUCGCCUAGGAAAC